CGCCGCUGCCUUAUUCAAACCAGCGGAGGACUUGCAGCGUUCAGCGGCGCUGGUGGCACACGCACAGACUCCCUACUACGCUGCCGACGUCGCGCAGCACCGAGAGAUCGCCUGUGGCGGUAAACAAACAAAGCCACAGAGAGCGCGCGCUGCGGCAGCAAGCAAGAUGUCGGCGAUGGCCGCCGCACUAAGACAGGUCCCGCCCUUCACGCCCCUCAAACGCGAAACGACACCAGAAGACGCGCCGACCCAAUUGAAAGCCAUCGACGCGCUGCUCGAGGCGCGCGGGUUUGGGGAGGCCGACGCCGGCGUGUUGAGUCGAGUCGAGGACCUGCUGGAGCGGUACGAAGCGCGGGGCGAGUCCGUCCAGCGGCUCGCCGGCAAGAUGUCGGCGCUAGAUUCCCAUAGAAGAGGUGCGGACGACGAGCUCGGCGCGAUACCUACGUUAAGGAAGGAGCUCGAGCGCUGCCAGGCGGCGCUCAAGCAGUCCGAGGCCGCUCGAAGACGAGCGGAGAGCGAGAAGUUCGCCGAGACGGCGCGCGUCCACGAAGCUAGGUCUGAUGCCGACCAGUGCCGCCUGAAGCGCACCGAGGCCGAGGCUCGGUUACGCCAGGCCGAAUCAUCAUUACGAGAAGAGACCUUGCAUCGGAAGCGCGCCGAGAGCAAGCUCCAACAAGCGAAAGCUAGGGCUCUGAAGCCGCAGAAAGCUCACACGUCCGCAUCUGCACGGGAAUUGUUUGAAGCCGCGACGGGCCGGGCGCCGCGGCCGACGUCCGCGGCGGAUCAAAGGGCGUUAGAGGUCGCCGAGGUCGGCGCUAGGUGUCGCGCGAAGCUCGAGGAGGACGUGGCUAGACUCAGGGGCGACGUCGAGGUGCUACGGGCGGCCCUCGAGAGCCAGCCACCUGUCGAGCCGAAGCAGAUCGUCGACGACGUCUGCGCUGCGCUCGAAGAGUCUAAUUUGGAGGCCAAGGACGACGCCGCCCUGGCCGUGCCACCGACGCCGCACAACUCGCGCACUUCGUUGGUCGAGGCCUCUGGAGAAGAUCCGCAGUUGCAGGCCCAGCGCGAGAUGAUCGAAAGAGCGGCGGAACGCAACAGAGACCUUGCGGCCGCUUUAGAACACGCGAAUAGUAGGUUGGCGGAAGUCGAGAACGAGCGCGAAGCCCUCCAGUCGCGGCCGACGGCCAAGCAGUACGCGGAAAAACUUUCUGAAAUAUCAACUCUGGAGAAGAAGUUGUCUGACGUCCAGGGCAAGGCGCGGACGCACGAGCGGGCUCUGCGUCGCUAUGCCGGUACGAAAGAAUUAGUAAGAAGAGACCGGUUGGACUACGCGCUCGAUCUCAAAUCCCUGGACGCGAUGCCCAAGAACGUCGCCGUGGACGUCGUGCGGGAGGUCUGCCGCGAUUUGCGGCUGUCGGACGCGGGCGAGGCGCCCGUAGCGGUGCGGAAACUGUGCGCGGCCACGAAGAAACUCCCGGCACUGGUCCAAUUCGCCAGAAAGGCGUGCGCCAUGCUCGACGUCCCAUCUGUUGGUGGUGGCCCUUUGCCUUUGGAAGCCGCUCUCGACGCGCUCGAAGCCGCGAAGCUUUCCAAAAGUGAUCAACAACAAUUGGUGGAGCACGUCGCCGCGACUCUGGACUUACUGAGGAGGGCGGACCUCGCUCCUGACGGUGACGUGAGGGCGGACGCGCAAGCGGUCCGCAGGGCCGUCGAACAAUUGUUGGAUGAAAAGGCGCAAAAUGCCAAAAGUAAUUCCGCAUUGAAGGCCUGCAACUCGCUGAUCGCGGAGACGCCGGACGCGACGUGCGGGCGCGUCCUGAACCGGGUGCGGGAGCAGCUCAAUUGCAAUGAUGUGAAGGGCAUUAUUCCUUCCUUGUCGCGGAAAUUAUCAAGGUGCGCCGAGCUCGAGACGUUUUGUAGGGCGGCGGCCGAUAGGUUGGGCGUGGCCCAGCCGGCUCGUACUGGAGCUAUAUUGGGCGCGAUCGAUAGAAGAAUGGCGCGGCGCAAGAAGCCCGUCGAAGCGUUGCCGGCGUCGACGACCGCCGAGCCCGCAGCUCUGGCGCCUGCGACGACCGCGGACGAGGUGGAUGACUUUUCCAAGGCGCUGGCGGCCGCGCCCGUGUAAGAGAAAGUUCACACGAUAAA